AUGUGCUACUAUCACGCCUACUCUCACAAGUGCGGCCAUACCGAGUGCAUUCUGCAGAAGUUCUGCCCCAAAGGUCAGAUGAUCCAGCAGAAAUGUGGUCGUGGACACGAGGGAAUUAUUAUGGCGACUAUCAAGGUGGAGACCAACUGUGCUAUCUGCCCACCGAAGAGGGUAUGUCGAGUUGAUACUGUUAAUGUUGAUUAG